GAAGACUCUUCAACCAGAGCUUCGUUGACUGCAACGACGAGGGUGUCCCUUAUAUAGAAACCAGAGUCAGAGGUGCCACCUCAGCCACAUCCUCGACGACCCCGCUCCUGAUUACGUCAGCAAACUGCUUCCUUACGAAAUGGAUGAAGCCAUCGACACAGUCCUCGGAGUCCAAGUCAACAUCUUCGAUUGUUGUGGAAUCGCAGUCGGCAUAUGCAUCUCCCACAAGGUCACCGAUGCGUUGUUGUUUUUCUAGUUCGUCAAGAGCUGGGCUGCCGUGGCACAUGGCGAAUCGGAACAGAUCAGAACCCACUUCCAAUCUUCCUCACUCUUCCCGCCAAAAGACAUGUUGGGGUACAGCCUAGAAUUUCACAUUCACAGAAUCGUAUGUAGAAGGUUCGCUUUUGAAGCAUCAGUAAUAGAAUCUCUCAGAGCAAAACAUUCCAGCAAGAUGAAGAACUUUCCAGAAGGCCAAAAACUGCCUUCAAGAAUUGAAGUCUUGUCAACUUUCAUAUGGACAAGGUUUGUGGCAGUCACUGUGGAAGAAGGAAGCAAAAAAGUUCACUUAGUCGCAUGGACAGUGAAUCUACGCCCAAGAAUGGAACCUCCAUUGCCAGAAUAUGCGUUCGGCAACUAUUUAUGGAUGAUUCGAACGUUUCCAACGUUGGAAGAGAACCUUGGAGUGAAGUUAAGAGAGGAGCUAAAUAAAAUAGACCAGGAUUUUAUGGUGAAGCUUCGAGAAGCUGAUGAAUGGAAGAAACUUCAACAGAGAAGUAGCAGCAGAGAAGAUAAGAUAGUUGUACCAUUUGCUUUCACUCCGUUGUGUUGGUUUCCAGUACACGAGGUUAAUUUUGGAUGGGGAAAUCCGACGUGGGCAGGACCACCUACGUGGAAAUUCAAGAACUCUGUUGUUUUUAAAGACACCAAAUCUGGUGGUGGCAUUGAGGUCUAUAUUAGCCUUUCAGAGGAGGACAUGGCUAAAUUGGAACGUGACGAGGAAUUUCUCGCGCAUGUUUCUACUACAAGAUUAAAAUAAUGGCAUA